AUGAUCCUCGAUCCGACGAGCUUGAACCUCCGCCUGGCCGGCCUCGGGGCAGCCUCUGGCGAUGCCACUCCGACCUUCCUGGUGCACCACCCGCGCGACCCGGUGGUCUUUGCGGGCCUCCAGGGCGCGGUCCUGCGCUUCGACUCGCUGUCCGGGGCGCUGCUGAGCAAGAACUCCAUCGCGGGGCUCCCCACGGGGGCGUGUUUCACACCGUGGUCGACUCGCGGGCCCUCCCCGCACCCCAUGCUCGUGAUCGCUCUCGCGGACUGGUCGCUGCUUCUCCUGGACCCAGAGGCCGGCCGCGUGGAGAAGAUCCAAGGCCCGGACCAGCGCGCGGAGAAGAAGCCGCUGCUGCGCCCGCUGCUCUCCGGAAACCCAGCCUACCCAAUAGUGCUCCUGUCCCUGCAAUGCCACACCAGCGUGUACAUGCAGCGGCUCUACCUGCCCCCGCGCACGGACGGGAAGGAAGUCAAGCCCAACUCCCGCAGAGCGCGCGCGGCGAUGCAGCUCCAGCGACUCCCGAAGAUCGACGCUGGCCCGAUCCUCGGCCUCGAGUUCAACCCGAACAGUCCGCGCGAGUUCCUCGUCGCGUGCCUCGACGGCAGCGUCCGCGCGUACGAGCUCAGCGUGAACGUAGGCGCGGGCGGGCCGAUGGCCGCGGGGGGCGGGAUCCGGAAGCAGCGCGCGCUGUUCACGCUGUCGCCGCCCUCGACGCUCUCCGGCAAGCAGAUGAGCGCGCUCCAGGCCCAGGAAGGCGGCCUCGCCGCGGCGCGGCGCGCCCUGGCCAUCAGCGGCCCCGUCGGCCAGACGGGCGCCCGCCUCGUCGCGUUCCUGCACCCGACGGGCUCGACGCUCGCGUGGCAGCUGCCCGCGCUGGCCCCGGGCCCGGACGCGCCGCCGGUGCAGCCGUGCGCGGAGUACCACGCGGCGGGGCGCGUGCACUUGUGCGGCGUCGGGUUUCUGCACACCGCGGGGACGACGAUCCUUGCGAGCGUGUUCCAGGCGGCGCUGCUGGACCGCGCGUGGGCGGUGAUGUGGGAGCUCCAGGACGACGGCGGGGGGGGCAUUCCUGUGUCCCCCGCGCGGUUUGGCGUCGAGGUGGGGGUGUCGGCGCCCGCUGUGCCGCUGCACGCGAGCUGCGCGGCGGGGCCGCGCGGGCUGAUGGUGCUCUCGACCGCGGCGCGUCUGCGGGGGCCGGGCGAGGGCGAGGCGGGGCGGGACGGCAACGACGCGUCGCUUACUCUCGCGCUGUGUGCGCGGGUGCCGCAGGAGCUCGCUGCGGGGUCCCUGGCGGCGCUCGUGGGCGAGGCCGCCUCCCCUGUGUCCGCGUGGGUCUCUGGGGAGCGCGUCGACGUCGCAGGCGGGGGGGUGUUCGUGUCAGGGCUGGGGGUGUGUGCCUACGACGCCACCAAGGCCUCCGCCGGCGCGCACGCGCAGCAGUGGGCGGUCCUCAUGAAUCUGUCGCCGUCCGACAGCCAGGGCCGCUUCUGCGCGCCGUCCAGCGUGACUCUCAGCCGCGACGCUGCGCUGGCAGCCGUGGUGGUCCGCGCUACGCUGGGCGACGCACGGCGCCCUGGCGAGGUGGUCCUGCUGCAGAUGACCCGUGAGGAGCCGCAACCCGCCGCAUACGUCGACGGCAUCGCCGCGGCCUUCGUCGGACCAGGCCACGCCCGCCUCGCCGUGCUCUCCGGCAACCUCGCCACCGUGAGCCUCCACGAGGUCACCCGGGGGGGGGAGGUCCCAGGCACCCCCCUCUCCAAAACAUCCCCGGGGGACUCCCCCAUCCUGCAGCUCCUGCAGCCCGACCUCUGGGCCGGGCCCAGCGACGCCUGCCGCGUCAUGUGGGUCAACAGCGCCCCGGCCCUGUGCCUCUCCGGCCCGUUGCCGGAGUCCGCCGACGACGCUGGCAGCGCCGGCGACCGCCUCAAGCCCGAGGCGCAGCUGCCGCUGCUCCCGGGCGAGCGCGUCGCGCAGGUGUUGUGGCAGGACAUCAACCCCGCGGGCGACGCGCACGCCGCGCCGGUCUGGGCCGCCGCGGUGGUGACGUCGCGACGAGUCAUGAUGGUGAGCUCCACUCUGACGGUGCUGGCGUCGGCGAACUCCCCGGCGGAGUGCUGCGGCGCGCCGCUGCCCAUCACGUCCGCGGCGUGGGCGGGGCCCGCGCUGCUCGCCGUCACCGCGUCCGGGCUCGUGCUGCAGCUCACGUGGACGUCGCAGCUGCUGCCGGUGUGUUCCGUGCCCGUCGACGCCGCAACGACGCAGGUCGCGAUCGCGGGGACGGCCCCGGACCGCGUGCUCAUCGCGCGACGCAGCGCCGGCAGCCCCGCGAGCGUCUCGGCGCGCGCAGUCAACCUCGCCCAGGCCGUCGCCGUCGGUACAUGUACGAUGCACGUCGCGGGCGUGCUGCCUGGCGGCGUGCCCGCCGUGCGCAGCAUCCUGCGGCGCGUGGCGGCCGCGUGGGAUCUCGGCGCGGACGCGUCGCCCGCGCUCCUCGCAGCCUUGGCCUCGGCAAGCUGCGGCGACUUGGCGCACCUCGUCGCGCAGUCUGCCGACGGCAUCGGGGAGGACGAGCGGCUCGGGGCGGCGGUGAUGGCGCAGGACUGGAGCAGCGCGGCGGCGCAGCUGCUGCCGGGUCUUUCGGCGGCGCCGCGGCGCGGGGGCGGCGCGCUGGCGGCUGCGUGGUCGCAGCGUCGCCUGGUGGACGUGGCGCGAGGCUGCGCGGCAACGGGGCGGCUGCGCGCGGCGAUGACGUGUCUGUCGCGCGCCGGGAUGCACGGCGGCGCCGCGGCGAUCGCCGCGGCGUGCCGGAGCGCGGGCGCAGCGCGCCAAGUGGCCAACAGCAUGGUCGCGUCCGGGGCGGUGCCGUCCGACGACGCGGACCGCAUGGGCGCGUCGCUCGUCGCAGCCAUGACGCUGCUGCACGGCAGCGUCCCCGGCGCGGACGGCGACGGCGGCGUGCAGGUACAAGACAUGCGUCAGACGAUCAAGUAUGCUGGGGACGACGGGGCGGGGGGGGAGUGGCGGCUGGCGGGGCCGGGCGCGGCGCCCGUGGCGUACACGCGCGCCGGGUGGCGCGGGCAGCGGGAAGUGACGCUCCCGGCGGUCGACGUGACGGACCUGGGGGCCAGCCUGGGCAUGCAGCCGGCGGGCGCGGGCGGGAAGGCGGGGGCCGCGGGGGCGCUGCUUGGGUCUGGUCUGGGGACGCUGUUCGGGCUGCAUGGCGAGGAGGAGGAGGAGGAAGAGGAGGAGGACGAGGAGGAGCAGGAGGGCGCGGAGGGGCAGGCGGGGGAGGGAGAGGGGGGGUCUCAACAGCCGGGGGGGACUCCGGGGGACGGGGCGCAGGCGAGCGGUCUCACGGAGGCGCAGCGGCGGGCCCGCGCGAACUUCGGGUACGCCGACAUCAUGGCGUCGGACUCGGACAGCAGCGACGAGGACGACGGCGGCGCGGGGCUGGCCAGCGCGGGCGGCGCCGGGCAGGUCCCCACCCCGCGCGGCAAGCUGAUGGUCAAGAUCAAGACGCUCGAGGAGAUGCAGGCCGAGAAGGGCUCCGCCGGCAGGGCCGACGCCACCGACCGCCUGCGGUCCAUGGUUCAGGGUCUCUCUUUGAAUGCCCCUGCACGGCCACCCCCGAAGCCCGCCGUCGCGUCCUUCGCCGCGCCCGUCGCCGCGAAGCAGCAGGCAGGCGACGACAGGGCGGACAGCGACCUCGGGGACCUGCUGGACGACGUGGCAGGCCCGGCGGACGCGCCCCCUGACAGAACAGCGCAGCCGCCGCUGGAGCCCGAGGACCCGCGGUCCGCGGCGGAGCUGCUCCGCCAGGGCGUGAGCGAGAUGGAGGAGGGCGCGUGGGACACUGCGGGCCGGUCUCUGCGGCUGGCGAUGUCGGCAGCGAUGCGGGAGGGCUCUGCGGCGCUCGCCACUGCGUGCGCGUCGUACCUCGCCGCGGUCCUGCUCCUUGAGCGCGCUGCGCGCGAGGCACAGAGCGGCGCGGGCGCGGGCGCCGGCGGAGCGUCGCGCGCUGGCGAGGCGCGACUGAAGCAGCAUGCAGCGUUGUUGAAAGGGACGAAGGCGGACCACCGCGCGCAGCUGAUGCUCGACGCGGCGGAGGUGUCGCUGGUGACCGGCGACGGGCGGUGGGCGGCGAAGGCGCUCGGGCUGCUGGCGAACGCGCCGCGCGGUGUGCCGGCGGACGUGGUGUCGCGCGCGCAGAAGUUGCAGCCGCGGUGCGGGGCGGCGGGGAGCGCGGCGCUGUGUACGGACGGGGAGCUGGCGCGGUUCUGCGCGGCCGUGGCGGGCGCGCGCGGGCCCGACGAGGUGGCGGCGAUCGUGCGCAAGGUCGAGAGCUGA